AUGUCCACUACUAUCGAUAAGCAUCUUCACGAUGCCAAAUGUACACACAAACCGCUCGAGCUUAUCAAUGAAAAGCCAAUUGACUACUCAGCUGACGGCUUGUUCGGCUACGGUAAGAUUCAAUUGACUACCUACACUGAAGACCCAGAGGUAAAACCAAUUCCUUUGGCUUGGGGACAUUCGAACCCGUUGAGUAGAGGUCCAAUCACUCCUUCUAGAUACGGAAACGGAAUGUACAAACACAAUGCAAUUGGAGCUCAUGCUGGGCCAUACUCCAUUUAUCAUGCAUUGGCCGUCGGUUCCAAACAGUUGAAACUGAAUCACAAAGCCGAUUACACUAAUGCCCAGCCACCUGUUGAUUUCCCUCAACAACCCCAAUGGUCUGGUUUAGAGAAGAUCGUCGCCAUGGAUCCAUUUGGCCACCUUGCACCAUGGUUGUUUUCUGAUGUAUCUGAGAAGGAAGGUGUCGAAAUUAGGCCCACCAUCUCUAUCACCAAGGCAAACUUGCAAUUGACCGAAUUGAAAGAAGAGGUUGCCAAGGGUAAUUUAAAGGUUGAUGGCGAGGUAUGUGUUAACAGUAAUGGUGAUUUGCAUAUCACUAAACUUGCCGUAGACCCAGUUUGGUAUCUGCCCGGAGUUGCAAAGAGAUUCGGCAUUUCUGAAGGUACUCUUCGCCGUGCUCUAUUUGAAGAUACCAAUGGAAUGUAUCCAGAAUUGAUUACUAGACCAGAUAUCAAAGUGUUCUUACCACCAAUCGGAGGAUUAACCGUUUACAUUAUGGGAGACCCAAAGUUUGUUUCUGAUCCUUCAAAGAAGUUAGCUUUGAGAGUACAUGACGAGUGCUCAGGUUCUGAUGUUUUCGGAUCUGACAUUUGUACUUGUCGUCCCUAUUUGAUUUUUGGAAUAGUUGAAGCCGCAAAGGAGGCACAAAAUGGCGGUUCUGGAAUGGUCAUUUACUUUAGAAAGGAGGGCAGAGCCCUUGGAGAAGUAACCAAGUACCUUGUUUACAACGCCCGUAAGAGAGGGGGUGACACAGCAGCUGAAUAUUUCCACAGGACAGAGUGCAUUGCCGGAGUCAAAGACAUGAGAUUCCAGGCUUUGAUGCCCGAUAUCUUGCAUUUCUUGGGGGUCACCAAGAUUGAUAGAAUGCUAUCAAUGUCCAACAUGAAGUAUGAUGCGAUUGUGGACCAAGGAAUUACCAUUAAGGAAAGAGUCCCUAUCCCAGAUGAGAUGAUUCCACCAGAUUCUCGAGUUGAAAUUGAUGCCAAGAUUGCCGCUGGCUAUUUCACAACCGGAAAAGUUAUGACACAGGAUGAGCUCAAGAACGUCCAAGGACGUACUUGGGAGAUCUGA